AUGCCGACGUGUUUAGACUGCCUGCUUGUAGCAGCCGAGGAACGAUCCAAACUCGGACCGAUUUCGCCGUCAGUUUUUGGUCGACUUUUUCAGUCUCGGAGAGGCCUGGCCUCGGGGACGAGUGCGUCCCCGGCCCCGCGCGAUGCGUUCCGGCGCACUCGAUCUGCGUCGACGGCGUCUGCGAGUGCGAGGAGGGAUACGAGGCGGACGACGGGAGAUGCCGUGAGUCCAAAUUCUGUCCAUCCGUUUUCGCUGACGGCGACCGUGAAAAGCGGGGAAUUUUCAGUGUGGAAAUGCUCGGAGUAUCUCUUUGGUGACGCCCUCUUCGAAGCCCUGGAGGGCCAGGUCGUCGAGACUCCCUGUCCCGUCGACUACAACGGGAAGCAGCGAUGGAACUGCACCGAAGACGGAUUCCUUUUGAUCGACGAGGACUGCUCGAGCGGGUGGAUCGACCACCUUUGGGGAUCCCUGAACGAUUCGAAUCCUCUGGAUGUCUUGUACGAGUUGGCUUCGGCGGUCGAAAGCCAAAAGGAGCUGUCGGGGGAAGAGAUCGAAAAAAUUGUGCAUUUCCUCUCGUUGCUCUUCGAGGCCUUCCUCGACGGCCUGGACGAAGAGACGACGGACGCGGAAAGCGCUCGCAAGUUCCUCGGGAAUUUCACGUCGGUUCUCGACGGGAUCCUACGGGCGUUUGACGGAUGGAUCCAGAUCCAGCAGGCCAACAGAACCGCGACGUUCUCGUCUCUUCUCACGAUCGUCAGUCACUCCUGUCUGCGUCUGUCGGAGACGCUCAUCGCAAACGCCCAAGAGUACGUGGAAUUCGUGUCGACCAAACCGACGUUGGUGAUGGAAGUCUCCGGAAGGAAGAAGGGAGUUCGGUCCGACCCGCUCGUGUUCCCCGGCUCCGAGAGCGACACGUACCUCACGUUGCCGAGAUCGUUCGAGGUCGACCUGGACGGCGAGGAUUACUCAUACGUCGGGGUGCUGUACGCCGUGCGGGAUUUGGAUCGACUGCUGCCCGGGCAUCGAAACGCGUACGACGUCACGGGGGGGCCGUGGAUCGAUCGCCGUCCGCCUUCCGAAUCACCCGCGUUGGGCGAGCGGAAGACGGUCAAUUCCAAGCUGUUGAGCUUCGCGUUGAAAGCGGAGCGGACGACGGAAUUGAGGGAACCGGUGACGCUCGUGAUGGGGAGCCUCCGUCGUCCCCGAGACCCCCCCUACCACGACGUCUGGAGAGAACUUCACGCGGGUGAGGAAGCGACGUUCGUGCCAGAGAGCCACCGCUGCACCUUUUGGAACCUUGACGUAGGGAGAUGGGAUACGAUGGGAUGCCGGGAGGUGUCCUCUGACCGGGACGAAACCGUGUGCGAAUGCAAUCACCUGACCAACUUCGGGGUUCUCAUGGAUCUGCACGGCUACGUCGUGAGUCACGAUUUCCCGCUUCGAGUUUCCUGCGAAAUUCGACUCGAAACUCACUCGUAUCCGAUGGAAUCACUGGAGCACCUGUUUCAGGGGCGUAGUUUGGCGCUGGAAGUGCUCACAAUCGCUUUCUCUUCCCUCUCCAUCGUCGGACUCGUACUUGCCCUCGGCGUUUUCCACUUGGAUAAGUAA